ACAGCCACUGUAAGUCUUUGCUCUAUCGUCGCAACGGUCGGUCGGUCGGUCGGUUGCUGCGCUCGGUUAUCGGUGGCGCUCGUUGUUACGCGUCGAGCCCAAGUGUUCUAUGCGUGUCGUGUGCGCCUUGACGCGUCCAUCGCGCGAUCUUAAACGGUGACGGUGAACAGAUUCGUUGAUCGGUGUGUAAAAUAAAUCAAGCGCCAACUACGGCAAGCAGUAGUGCAUUUUAAAACAGAGCCUGUACAGACGGGCACAAAUUAUGAUAGAAGGUGAAUCUUGGCUCUGAGGAAAGCCUUCGAAUGUGUGCGCAUGAGAUUUAUUUUUAAACGGCACCUCCCAGGUCGGCGGAGGUGGUGGCGUACCCACCACGCAAGUGUUAGAAGUGUGUCUGGCUCCAGCAAAUUGUGCAGUUGUGGUGUGAUUUGAUUAUAAGCGUGGAAAGAGUUUGAUGUGUGUUGAAAAAAAUAAUUGUUAAAACAUAUAAGUACAAGAAGUGGUGCAUGUUUUUGUUGUUGCGCAAUGAUCAGUUGUGUUUAAGAGGGUGAAAAAGUUGUACACCAAUUAGUGGAAGAGUUUUUUUUAGAAUUAAUAUAAAAUUGAAUUAUAUCAAACACAUUGGCAACAUAUUUUGGAUAGCAUCCUUCACACAGUCACGAGAAAAAGCACAUCACAAAACCCACAAACACUUUGAGGUUAAUAGAUUACACCACCGACCACAGCCGUUGCAUCGUCUAAUCAACGGCUCAACAGUGAGUGGUAAACGGAUACGUUGACAUAAUAGCAUUUUGCAUCAUCUUGUGCCGGAGACAUCACCGGGGUUUUAUGGUGUUCUGAGUGUUGUAAUUUCCACGAAGAAAGAAACCAGAAAUUGUAAAUCUAUGCUGGUGUUGAAGUUCCACACAAGAGGUGAAUAAUAUCUGGAUAGAAUCUGUGCUGCGUCCAUCGUUAUAUUCUGGUACGAUAAUUCAGCAAGUUUGCAGCCUGAAACGUCUGUAGUGUGCGUGCCUCCAUCUGUGCGACCCAUGCGGCAGUGAUAAUGGUGGCGACUCUGCUCCUCCUAGGUCCGCUAGUGAAAUAUGGCAGUAAAUUAUAAAUUAUCCAUAAAUAGUGGUGUAAUGAAGCAAUAAUAGGCGAAGGUUAUUAGCCACCCCAACCAACCCCGGCCGUGCAUCAAACGGGGUGAGAAAUCCUUCCAGUGAGUGUGCAAGAUUGUUUGACCAGGGUAAAAAAAAACACACGAUCGAUCUCGUUCUCGAUCGCGAUUUUACUUUCAACCCAACCUGAUUUCGGAGGAACCGUUGGGCGAUCGAGGCCGGCGGCGUGCGGUGCGGUAAAUUGGAAAAAUAUUGCUCCGUGUGUCUAGGAGGAUUGGUUCCCGGUGGGAUUAGUUUAGCUGUUCCCUCGUUUGCUACGGGUGUGAUGAGUGCCGGUGCCCCGUGCCGGCCGCCACGGUGCGGCUCGGCAGUGCAGCCACCACGGACCUCGUCCAUCUGCCACAGAAUGGCGACAGUGGGCCUGCUGAUGCUGAUGUUCACAUUCGUCGCUGCUACGAUAGAGGACAUAAAGGAUGAUCGUAGAUUUAUUUCCUACAACGACCUGCUUGUGACUGCCCACCGAUUUACGGAUCCAAACGUGACGUCAUACGCUCGCAUGCUGAUCGACGUGUCCGGGGAUCAGCUUAUUGUAGGAGCAAGAGACAACCUGUUCCGGUUUUCGCUCCGGCUGGAGGAGAUCGAGCGAGCGCCAUGGGAGGUGCCGGUCAGCAUGCGCGCCCUCUGCCUGCAGAAGGGCCAAUCGGACGAAGCGUGCCACAACUACGUGAUGGUGCUGCAGAGCUACGGCAGCCAGGUGUACGCGUGCGGCACGCACGCCUUCAAUCCGCGCUGCACCGUGCGCCACAUGGAGGAUCUUUCCGUCACGCGCAACGACGACGGUGUGGCCAAGUGUCCGUUCAAUCCGAACGCCAACAUGACGGCCCUAAUGUCCGAGUCGGGCCAACUGUUUGUCGGUUCGGCGACCGACUUUUCCGGGCUCGAUUCCGCUAUCAUGCGGUCGGACAUUACGGAGAACAAUUCGCGCAUCCUGCGCACGGUACAGUACAACUCGCUCUGGCUGAACGAGCCACAGUUUGCGGGCAGUUUUGAGCACGGUGGAUUCAUCUACUUCGUGCUGCGCGAGGCAGCGGUGGAGUACAUGAACUGUGGCAAGAUUAUUUACUCGCGGAUCGCGCGUGUCUGCAAGAACGAUGCUGGCGGUACGCCUGGCAUACUGAAGGACAACUGGACGUCGUUUGUGAAGGCACGGCUGAACUGCUCGCUGCCCGGGGAUUAUCCGUUCUACUACAACGAGGUGCAGGGCAUGGUGUACUCGCAGGACGAAGGGGUUCUCUACGCGACCUUCACCACACCGGAGAACAGCAUCCACGGGUCAGCGAUCUGUGCGUACAACAUGUCCGCCAUACAGGCCGCCUUCGACGGAGCGUUCAAGCACCAGGAAUCGAAGGGUGCCGCUUGGCGCGCGCAAGACGUCAGCAAUCGGGACCAUUACGAGUGCCGCAGUGGCAGUCCGUCCGGGCGCCACAUGUCGCUGAUCGAGUCGUCCAAGUAUCAGCUGAUGGAUCAAGCGAUUCAGCCAAUCACCGGACGGCCCCUGCACCACACGGCCCUGGAGCGGCUGAGCCACAUUGCGAUCGACAUCAUUCCCACCAAGCUGCACGAGCGCGUCCACAUCAUCUACGUCGCGACGGACGGCGGCACGAUCAAGAAGAUCUCGGUGCUGCCCCGCACCAAGGACACGUGCGUGAUCGAAAUCUGGCAGCCGGAAGAGCGCCCCGACACCCCCAUCAAGGUGAUGCAGUACGUGAAGGACACGGAAUCGCUGUAUGUCGGCACGGAGCGGGCCCUGAUGCGCAUUCCGGCCAACCACUGCGGCCGGCAUCUGUCCCGCGCCAGCUGCCUCAACUCGAUGGAUCCGUACUGUGGCUGGAACGAGCUGCAGGAGGCGUGCACGAUCGCACCGAACGGUGACACGCUUGCGCGGUACUGGGUGCAGAACGCUACCGAGUGUCCCGUGCUGACCGCACCCGUCGACGGUGGAUGGUCGGCCUGGUCCGGCUGGUUCCGGUGUGCCCAGUCGCCCGGCCAAGCGGGCGGCAUCGGCGGUACGAUCGGCGGAGGAUCGCUAGGAUCCUCGGCGGCCGGGGAAGACUUUGGCCCGAACGCGGACACCUGCCUGUGUCGGACGCGCACGUGCAACAAUCCGCCGCCGAAGAAUGGCGGCACUGGCUGCACCGGCAUGCACAUCGCCGUCACCAACUGUACCGUGCACGGUGGCUGGACGGAGUGGUCCGCCUGGUCGGCUUGCUCGCAAACGUGCGGCAUGGCGGUGAAGACGCGCCGCCGCACCUGUGGCAAUCCGAAGCCGGCGCACGGUGGGCGAGUCUGUGUGGGGCCGGAUCGGGCCGAGAUUUACUGUUCCCAUCUGCCACCGUGUCCGGCACCGAAGCAACCACCGAUCGAUGGUGGCUGGGGACCGUACGGAGACUUUGGGGAGUGUAGUGCGGUGUGCGGUGGUGGUUUCCGCAUACGCCGCCGCAAGUGUGACAAUCCGGUACCGCAAAACGGAGGCAUGGACUGUUCCGGGUGUCACUUUGACUACGAAGUGUGUAACACGCAGCCCUGCCCGGAUGUGCGCAAGGCGGGCACGUGGACACCGUGGCUGACGGUAGCGAACGGGACGAUGGCUAGCGGAGGGUAUGUGGAGAAGCGGUUCCGAUUUACGUGCAAGGCACCGAUUGCUGACUCGGCACUGUUGAAGAUUACGCCCAAGGAGGAGGUGCGCGUGUGUCAGCCGGACGGUUCGUGUCAACGGUCGGUCGAUCCGAACGCACUGGCGCCUGGGUUGGCCGGUGGGGAGGAGGGUGAGGAUGGAUGGAGCGAAUGGAGUUCGUGGAGUCCGUGCAGUGCGUCCUGUGGAGGUGGCUAUCAGCAUCGAACCCGCACCUGCGAGAAGCUCGAGUGCGUCGGGUUUAACAAGACGCGGCGGGCGUGCAACACGCAACCAUGUAGAGGUGAAUGGGGAUGCUGGACGGAUUGGUCACCGUGCUCGGUUAGCUGCGGCACUGGCACCCGCACCCGGUCCCGCCAGUGCCUGUCGAUGUCCGGCAGUGUGACGCCCGAAAACGAUUGCGAGGGUAAAAGCGUUCAGUACGAGAGCUGCGACAUGCCGAGCUGUGACUCAUUCCUCGGAUGGGGCGAAUGGAGCGAAUGGUCACCGUGCAAUGGGGACAAUGAGCGGAUACGUACCCGCGCCUGUCUGCAGCCGCACGCCGUCUCCGCGACCGGUGAGCUGACGUGCCAGGGCAGUGAUCGUGAACUGCGCAAGUGUAACAUCGAACAAGCGAAUGAUGUUCCACUGCCACCGGCCGCCGUGUACGUGUCGUCCAUCUCGGCCAUCGUGAUCGCUGUCCUGGUGACGAUGCUGGUGUGCUGCGGCGUCAGUAUUGCCGGCACGAUUAUGUUCAUGAACAAGAAGAAGAAGGGCCUGAAAGCGAUACAGGGUUCGCCGUGCUACGGUUCCUACCCCAACCAGUACUCGUCGCUACCGACCAAGGAUGUUAGUAUGGAUUUAAUGUACACCGACGGUGGCCACAAACCGAAGCGCCAGUCGUCCUUCAAGGGUUCGCGGAACGAUGCGAGCGGUUCGAAGCUUUCCAACGGCACCGGCACGCUGGUAAAGUCGAUCAACGUGAACGGUGGCCCACUGGGAAACAACACGCCGAAGAUACUGUCGAAAUCGUUCAACGAAACCGACACCGCCACGAUCAAGCGCAACUCGCACGGUCCGAACAAUAUCCGGCACGCCCGCCAGCUCGAGAUGGACGAGGACAAGUACUGACGGAAGCGGCGCCGGUUCGUGCGAGUCGACGUGUUAAGGCCCGACCCGCUGGCCUAUUAGGGGAAAGUAUUAGAAGCGGAAUUGGCUGAUAGAAGAAAAAAACACAGUUGCGUGGUGGUACGCGUGUUUGUGUUAGGCUGUAACUGCCGCCUUUUCCGGGCGCGGGUUAAAGCAAUGUUGCAAUGCCGAUGUGUGCCAUUAGUUUUUUUUAUAUAGGAUGACGCGAUGUCUCGUACACACGAACGUAACAAAACAAAUAGUUUUAAGCGCAAGCUUCCCUUCCCGCGCAUCAACACCUUAUUCUUGUCCCCCGCUUCCGCGCGUCUUAACAUCGUUAUAGUGUAUAGUGGCGAACGAAGGGAGACAGAAAACACGAAAGACUUAGCAUUUAGUAGCUGUUGUUUUAAGCCAUUUUAAGAAACAUUGCUUAAAGGGGAAGAGAGAGAGCACUGCUUCGGCCCAUGACAAUCAUACCGCGCGCGAAAAAGGCAUGUUGCGUGCGGUUCUGCUCAUGUACAGUGCACAAGAGUAGCUCAUAUUGAGCAAACCUAGCAAUGUAGAAUGAUUUUAAAGUUUAGCAUUAUUUUGUAACCUAUUAGCAAGAACACGGUUUGGCUAGAUAGAUCGCAGCAAGGUAAAAAAAUACAAAAAAAAAAGAAAACAAAAAACAAACGCGCUACAGUUGUAGGCCAAAAUGGAAACAAUCAAAAAGACUUGAGCAAAGACACGGCAUCAAAAGACAGUUUAGGACAGUAAGGUAGCAACAAAAACGACUACGUGUUAGGGCCGCGUGGCUUUCGACUUUGUUAAGUUCGCAGUUAAUAGUUUGUUGAGAAAGCUUCCACUAACGAUGUGUUCGGUUUCUUCGCGCGUUGACUUAACUAGUGCUAAGUGAUAAGUAUAUAUAGUGUGUAGAGGCCAUUGUUGCAGGCAAAUUAAAAAAAAUCCGUCUGAAUAAAAUGUAAAAUGCGAACAGGUUAA